AUGGCUUCAGAAACAGCUGGAAAUACAAGCAUAACGAGCAUGCCUCUUUCAGAGCCGCUUGAAAUUGUCAAAACUGAAGAUCCAGAAGUAGGGCGUAAGCGUCUAGAAGAUGCUGCUCGUGCAUUUCUUGUAGAACAAACACAUGAAGUUAUUAUUCCCUCGUAUGCAGCAUGGUUCGAUAUGUCAGUAAUUAAUGAAAUUGAAAAAAAGUCUCUACCAGAGUUUUUUAACAACAGAAAUCGUUCAAAAACACCAUCAGUUUAUAAAGAUUAUCGGGACUUUAUGAUCAAUAUUUAUCGACUGAAUCCAAUAGAAUAUUUAACAGUUACAGCAUGUCGAAGGAAUCUUGCAGGCGAUGUUUGUGCUAUUAUGCGAGUACACGCUUUUCUAGAGCAAUGGGGACUAAUUAAUUACCAAGUAUUAAAUAAGUUAUAUAUUAAACAUAAACUGAUAAUUUCUCAGAUCGAUCUUGAAACACGUCCAUCAAGCAUGGGGCCUCCAUUUACAGGGCACUUUCGUGUAAUUGCAGAUACACCACGAGGACUUCAGCCGUUUCAGCCAGGACCAGGGUCAAUGACCUCUCAUGGAAGACCUCUUUCAGAAUCUCCAUCAGCCCAGCCAAAAACAAGCUAUCAUCUAGAGCUUCGAAAGGAAUCCUAUAAUUCAAUCUAUGGAAAAUCAGAUAAUACGUUAAUUAACACUAGUACACAAUCGGAAGAUACACCAGAUAAUAAAAAACAAUACUAUUGUUUUACAUGUGGUGUUGAGUGUAGUCGACUAUUUUAUCAUAGCUUGAAGACAAAAAAGUUUGAACUCUGUUCAAAUUGUUACCUAGAAGGGCGUUUUCCAGCAGGGUUUUUUAGUGGAGAUUUUGUCAAAAUGGAAGAAACACCAAUAAAAACAAACAAAGAAGAUUGGUCUGAUCAAGAAACACUUCUGCUUCUAGAAGGAUUAGAAAUGUUUGAUGAUGAUUGGAAUCUGGUAGCAGAACAUGUUGGUACACGAACACGUGAACAAUGUGUUCUUCGAUUUCUCCAGUUACCAAUUCAAGAUCCAUAUUUAGAAUCCAGGACAGAAGAUUUAGGUCCAUUACAAUAUAAUCGUAUUCCAUUUUCGCAAGCGGAUAACCCUAUCAUGAGUGUAGUUGCCUUUCUUGCCAGUGUAGUCAAUCCAAAUAUUGCAGCCGCAGCUGCACAAUCAUCAUUUGAAGAACUAACCCAUUCGUUGAAAAAAAGUAUCGAUAAACACUCAAAUGAUAAAGAACCAUCUAACAUUACUUUAAAAAAAGAGUCACAAGAACCAAUAAAAAUUAAACAAGAACCUAUAGAACAUUGUAGUCAAAAUCAAACCAUUAAUUCGGAAGAAAUGGAUAUUGAUGAGCAUAAAGGUCCUAAGUCCACAAAAGCAUCUAAAAAUAUAGAUACAUUACCGUCAAAUACUGUUGAAAAAGCAGCAUCUAUUGCAUUAGGCACAGCAGCAGCAAAAGCACGCAUUUUAGUGUCUCAUGAAGAACGAGAAAUAUCUCGGCUUGUUUCAGAAGUUGUAAAAUUACAAUUAUCUAAGCUCGAAUUAAAGUUGCAACAAUUUAACGAACUCGAGCAAAUUCUUGAAGCAGAACGACGAGAACUAGAAAAGAAUAGACAGCAGCUUUAUUUAGAUAGGCUUUCGAUGAAAAAACAAAUAAUCAUGAUUCAAGAACAACUUAGUCAAGCUAUCUCAAUAGGUGGAGAAGAAGGCUUAUCAAUCAUAAAAAAAAUAGAUGAAUUAGGUUGCGAAGGUCCAAAACUUGAAUUUAAAUCUUCUACAAAUCAAAAUAAUUUACAAGACUCAACAAUUCCUUUAAGUCAAGAAAAUCCAUCGAAUUAUACAUCUUACCAACUAUAA